GAUGAGGAGUUCCGGUGGCUUCCUACUCAGGGGACCCCCCUGGGGCCGGGCACCUAGGUUCGCCCCUCGGACCCUCCUCCGCUUCAUCCUUCUCCAGGAUGUAGUUCGUGGUGUAAACGGUAAGGCUGUGUGGGCUCUAGGCACCACCUUAAGGAUAAGCCUUUCAGCCUCACCACAACUGCCAGAAAUCCCUAUGGGAAGCUCCCGCUGAAGAGAAUGAAACCUACAGGCUGAAGAACUCAUACGGCUUUCAGGUCUCCAGACUACGUUUCCCAGAGGCCGUCACGCCCAAGGCUACUUGCAGCCUAAAGCCUGUGAGGGCUUGUUGUCCAGGCUCACCGAGGCGCGCCGGGCCACGGAGGCGGUGCAGCGCGGAGGCCUCCGCAGAGGCUGGCCUACUGAACACAGCUUGGGGCUCCUUGAAGUCCCAGCAACGGAGCUCUGCGUGUUCGGUACUCUGCUUCUCAAGGAGAGGAAUCCAGAGGAAGACUGAUCAGUUCUUGGAAUUUGAAGUCAUGGCCCAUGAGUUGGUGAUGUUCAGGGAUGUGACCAUAGACUUCUCUAAGGAGGAGUGGGAGUGCCUGGACUUGGAACAGAGGGAUUUGUAUAGAGACGUAAUGUUGGAAAACUACAGCAACAUGGUCUCACUGGGACUUUGCAUUCAUCGGCCAGAUGUGUUCUCCGUAUUGGGGAAAGGGAAAGAGCCCUGGAUGGUUUUGAGGGACCAGACAAGAGGACCUUGUUUAGACAUGCAGUCCAGAUGUCAGACCAAGAAGUUAUCACCAAAAAAUGGCAUUUUUGAAAGAGAAUUACCCCAGUGGGCAAUUAUGGAUAUUUAUAACAACCACAGCCUUGAAAGUUUGUGUUUUGGAGGUGACCGGGAAGGCAGAGAUCAGUUUGAGGCACAACAGGAAAAUCAGGAGGAAUAUUUUAAUCAGCUGAUACUCACCUAUGAAAAAGUACCCACUUUUACCCAGAACACAGCAUUUAAUCUACGUCAGAGACUUAAUACAGGAGAGAAACUGAAUGAAUUUAAAGCAUGUGAGAAUGCCUUUAGCUGUGGCUUAGACCUUACUCAACAUCAGUUAAUUCAUACUGGUGAGAAACUCUGUGAAGAAAAGGAAUGUGGGAAGACCGUUCUUCCCGAUUCAGAACUUACUCAAUGUCAGACUGUUCUCACUUCUAAGAAAACAUAUGAAUGUAAAGAAUGUGGGAAGACCUUUAGUUUGCGUUCAAGUCUUACUGGUCAUCACAGAAUUCAUACUGGUGAGAAACCUUUUAAAUGUAAGGAAUGUGGAAAGGCCUUUAGGUUUCAUUCACAACUUAGUGUUCAUAAGCGAAUUCAUACUGGUGAAAAAUCUUAUGAAUGUAAGGAAUGUUGGAAGGCCUUUAGUUGUGGCUCAGAUCUUACUCGACAUCAGAGAAUUCAUACUGGUGAGAAACCCUAUGAAUGUAAGGAAUGUGGGAAGGCCUUUAGUCAGCGAUCACAUCUUACUAAACAUCAGCGAAUUCACACUGGUGAAAAACCUUAUGAAUGUAAAGAGUGUGGGAAAGCUUUUACUCGUGGCUCACACCUAACUCAACAUCAGAGAAUUCAUGCUGGUGAAAAAUCUCAUGUAUGUAAGGAAUGUGGAAAAGCUUUUAUUCGUGGUUCAAAUCUUGCUCAGCAUCAAAAUAUUCAUUUUGGCAGGAAACCCUAUAAAUGUGAGAAAUGUGGGAAAGCCUAUAUCUGGAGUUCACACCUUGCUCGACAUCAGCGAAUUCAUACCAGUAGGAAACCUUAUGAAUGUAAGGAUUGUGGGAAGACUUUUAUUUGGGCUUCAUAUCUUGUUCAACAUGAGAAAAUUCAUAGUGAGAGGAAACUCUUUGAAUGUAGGGAAUGCAGAAAGACCUUUCUUCAUGGCUCACAGUUGAAUCGACAUCAGAAAAUUCAUACUGGUGAGAGAACCUAUGAAUGUAAGGAGUGUGGAAAGACCUUUUUUCGUGGUUCAGAACUCAAUCGGCAUCAGAAAAUUCACACUGGCAAGAGACCAUAUAAAUGUGAAGAAUGUGGAAAAGCCUUUCUCUGGGGUUCACAACUUACCCGACAUCAGAGAAUUCAUACUGGUGAAGAACCUUAUGUAUGUAAAAAAUGCGGAAAAUCUUUUCUAUGGGGCUCACAGCUUACACGACACAGGAAAACUCACAUUGCUACAGAACCCUAUGAAUGUAAGGAAAGUGGGCAGAUCUUUCGUCAUCAUUCAUAUUGUAUUGAACAGAAAAUUCACAGUGGAGAGCAUCUCUAUGAAUGGAAAGACUGUAGGAACACCUUUAAUCAGGACUCAGACAUUGCUCAACACCAUAAUAUUUAUACUUUUGAGAAAUCCUAUGAAUAUAAAGAUUUUGAGAAGGCAUUUUCUCAGAGCUCUCACUUUAUUUCACUCUUGUAAAGUCGUAUUACUAUAAAAAAAUGUUUGAAGGGAUUUAAUCACUACUCUUUUAAUUGACGUUGGCUUAUUUCUUCUCUUGAGAAACCCCACGAGUGUAAUACUUUUCACAUACAUCCCUCCAGGUACAAAGAUUUUAUGUACUCAUUUUAAUGUUGGUAGCUGCAGAAAACUACAUAUGUAGAAGCAUUACAUGUCCAAGUUGUUUCUCUAUUAACAUUCAGAUUGUUUCAGUUCUUUGAAUUUUCAGUCAAAAGUCGAUAAACAUCCUUAAACACAAAUACUUGCAUAUUUGUGUUUUAUUUCUGUAAGAUAUUCUUUUACAUGAGAUUCAUGAAUCAGUGUUUAUAUUUUUAAUUGUAAUAGCUAAUAACAUUAUUUUCCAGAUAUCACACAUUUAGUCUCAUCAGCAUUGUGCUGAGAUGCACAUUUUCUUACAACCUAACAGCAUUCUUUGUUAGUCUUUCUGAUGAAAAACCAAAUCACUGCUUUAAUUUGAAUUUUUGUAAAUAUUAGGUAGAUGGAGCAUGUUUUCAUUUGUAUACUGGCCAUCUGAAUUUUCUGUAAAUUACCUAUUUGUAGUCUUUGUCUUAUUUCUGUUGUAUCGUUUUUCUCUUAUAAAUUUGUGGAAACUAUGUUAUGGCUAUAACCCUUAAUCAUAUGGUUUACAAAAAUAAUUUCUCAGUCUAUCUUUUUUUUCUUUUUAUGGCAAUCUUUGUGUAAUUGCAUGUUGCACAGCUUCCAAGGCCUAUUUCUUUUAGGGGCCCUACUGAAAGGUGGCUGCUUUAUAGCCUCCAAUACCCAAACAAGCUGACCAGCUGUUGGGCUUCCUUUUUGUUAGCAAGUGCCCCCACAGACAACAAUUUUUGUUUAACUUCUUUAGGAAUGCUUUGUUAGCAGGCCCAAGCAGCCCCCAAGAAUUUUACUUGCUGGGCUGUUUUUUUGUUUGUUUGUUUGUUUUGGUUUGGGUUGUUUAUGGCUCAACUAGCCCAUGUCAUGACAGCUGUAACCUCGUGCAGGGUAUGUUUAAGUUUCGCUUUAGUAGGGCCAGCAAUGAGGAUGUCAUCAAACUCCUGGGAAUAAUCUGGCUUGUUGCAGGUCUAGCCCCACCCAUUGGUGGCCUUGCAGGGGGUUUAAGUAUACCUGCAGAAGCACAGUGAGAGUGUAUUGUAGACUGCUUCAGGUAAGUGCAAAUCGGUCCUGCAAAAGAAUCAAGAACAAGGCAUCGGUCAAUAACAGUAUACCAGUUUCCCAUGUGAGCGGCCAUUGUAUCGGUAAUGGUAAUUAUAUCUGGUACUGCAGAGGCCAAGCGUGACACCUCAGUAUUCAAUCUGCUGUAGUCUAUCGUUAGCCUCUACACUCCUGAGAUCUUUUUUAUGAGCUAAACUGGGCUAUCGAACUGCAACAGGGUGGUUCUUAACAUUCUGGCCUGUAGGAAGAGCUGAAACCAUAAUGUUCUCCACCUGGGAGGCAUUACUGCCUUUGUUAAAUAACCUGACAGGGUUUGAGCAAUUCAAUUGGCAGGUGUGAAUCAGUCCCAUUGUUAUAGCUUGAAUUCUUUGCUGUGAGGGGGUGUAGCUCCUCAGGUAGUGAUGGUAUUGCAUGCUGCACACAGCCCUGGUGGUGCAAGUUAAGAGCUUGACUGCUAACUGAAAGGUGAACCUACCCAACAACUCCGCAGGAGAAAGACCCAUCAGUCUGCUUCCAUAAGGAUCACAGCCAUGAAGACCAUAUGAGAAAGUUCUAAUGUGUCACAUGGGGUCUUGGUGAGUCAGAAUUGACAGCACCUAACACAACAACAUAAUGCUUGAAAUGAUCACUUUCCUACUGUUGGUCACUGUCUCCAUUCUAAAACCUGCCAAAAGCAUGAGCUCGCAACUACCCCUUUGAUUACUGCCACUUAGGCUGCAGUGUCAAGGAGCCCCAUGAAGGUCUGUGUCCUCCCCUUCUCCAUAUCCACUUUUAUGGAUGCACAGGGCUACCAGUCCCUGGAAAGGAUCUGAAGACCAUGACCCCACUCCUAAUCAUUCAUUAAAGGAUAGAACAGUGUUAUCUAUGUCCUCUGCAGGUGCAGGUUCAUACAACUAGGUAUCUUCUACUUUUGUCUGAAGAAUAGCUAUAGCCUCAUGAACAGUUCUCCAGGGGUUUUACUUUUAGGGAAGUCCCCAGAGGUAAGGAGUACUAGUCUCAUGCUUCCAGCAGAAGUAUGAGUUGUCCUGCUCAGUGUGGGCAAAUACUGCAGCAGGGGGACAGUGGUCAGUUUCCCCAAACUGUACCACUCAAUGUGGGACAUCUGAGUUUUUAAGGCCCCCUCAUCAAAGAGGUGCACCAGCCAAGUUGUGUGACAUUCUUUGGACUUUUGUUCAUAUCUAUCCUUUGGUUUUCAAAUCUCAUUCUUGGAGGACCUCAUCUCAAUGUUUUUGUUCUCAGCAACACCAUAAGUCAUUCUUCACUGAGUGAAAACAAGUCUAAUUUGGGGCCUGUAGUGCACCUGGACCAAGUAGCACUCCCUGCACAGAAGGCAUACCCUCCUUAGGCACAGUUUGCAGCCCCUGGGACUUCAUGAGGACUGGUGGGUGAAUGGAAAAUACGACAAUGGCCAAGAGCCAGGAGAUGGUUUCCCUCUUAUGCCUGGUCUACCAGGUUUCUAUUUUAGGUUUCCCAGGUCCACAGAGAAUAAUUUUGCUCUAGGAUGGACCAUACCCACAGUCUCAUCUACACGUGAUUUAAAUUAUUUACUAAAUGAGAUUUUGGACUUAAAGUUGGUGCUGGAAUGGGUUAAGAUAAUUGGGGGCGCUGGGGUGUGGUAAAUGUAUUUUGCAUGUGGAAGGACAUAAUUUUAUGGGAUCAGACGGUAGAGUGUUAUCAAUUGAAUUGUGUUCCCCAAAAGGAUAUGUUGAAGUCCUAAUCCUUGGGACCUGUGAACAUGAUCUUGUUUGGAAAUAGGGUCUAUGAAAAUGUUAUUACUUAACAUGAAGGCAUACUGGAGUAUGGUGGAUCCUAAUCCCAUCUGAGUGGUAUCUUAUAAUAAAAGACAAGAUCAGACACAGACACAGGGCCAGACAGAAGAAAGAUGGCCAUGUGACUACAGAGGCAGAUGCAAGCCAAGGAAUGCCAAGGAUUUCCAGGAGCCACCAGAAGCUAAGAGAGAUGCAUGGAACGGUUUUUGUCUCAGAGGCCAAUGGCCAAUACCUCCAGAACUAUAAGACAACAAAUUUCUUUGAAGCCACCCACUUUGUGCUAUUUGCUUAUGGUAGCCCAAGGAAACUAAGAAAUAUAUGAAGGAAACAGUAAUAAAAUUGAAGGCAAAAAUAGUUUUACAAUAAUAGUUGGAAAUUUCAUGACUUCAGUGCUUAAGUCUACCACACAUUUAAUGAAGAAUUAACACUAAUCCUUCCCAAACUCUUCCAAAAAAUAGGAGAGAAUAUUUUGUAAUUCAUUCUGUGAGGCCAGCACUACCCUGAUACUACAGCCAGAUAAAAAGAUGACUAUGAAAAAAAAAUUAAAGACCAAUAUCCAUUAUAUAGGUGCAAAAAUCCUCAACCAAGAUACCUGCAAACCAAAUCCAACAGCAUAUUAAAAGGAUUAUACACCAUGACUGAGUGGGAUUUAUCUAAGGAAUGCAAGGGAAUUUCAACAUUCGAAAAUCAAUCAAUGUGAUACACCACAUUAACAAAAUGAAGCGGGGGGAACACAUGGUCAUCUCAAUUGAUAAAAGGCAUUUGAGAAAACUCAACACUGUUUCAUGAUAAAACACUCAGCAAAUUAGGAAUAGAAGGAACUUCCCCCACAUGAUAAAGAGCAUUUAUUAAAAACCCACAAUUAACAUCACAGUCAAUGUUGAAAGACUGAAAGCUUUCCCCUUAAAAUCAGGAAAAAGACAAGGAUUCCCACUCUUGCCACUGCUAUACAACAUUGUACUGGAAGUUUUAGAGCAAUUAAGCCUCAAAAUUAGAAAGGAAAAAGUAAAACUACAUAUAUUCAUAGAUGACCUGAUCCUUGUUUUCGGCUGGGAUCUCUAGAGAAGCAAAACCAGUGAAGCAUAUAUAAACACACAUACUAACCUGUUGCUGUAGAGUCCAUUCCAGCUCACUGACCCUAUAGGACAGCGUAGAACUGCCCCAUAGGGUUUCCAAGGAGAGCCUGGUGGAUUCAAACUGCCGAUCUUUUGGUUAGAAGCUGUAGACCAGGGUUUCCGUGUGUGUGUGUGUGUCAAGGAAAUGGCUCAUGCAGUUGUAGAGGCUGGAAAGUCCCAAGUCCAUGGGUCAGGCAUCAGGCUGGAGGCUUCUGACUCACAUAGCUGCAGGGGCUGCCGAACCCAAGAUCAGCAGGUCAGAGAGCAGGCUGCUGGUUCACAGUCUGCAGAGGCUGAUGAAUCCAAGAUCAACAGAUAAGGUAACAGGCUGCUGGCUUAAGCCUCAAGAACUGGAGGUCAGAUGAUGAUGAGGCAAAUGCAAGAUCCAGAGCGGAGCAAAAGCCAGCGAGCUGCACCCAAAAGUCCAUAUAUUUUGGGUGCAGGUCACAUCUGCAAGGAAAUUCCCUUUCAGCUGAUUGGCUGCUCAUAGCAGAUCUCAUCAUGGAGGUGUUUACAUCAUUAUAUAACUUCCAAACUAUGUAACUGCCAAACCCUGAGAAUCAUGGCCCAGCAGAGUUGACACACAACCUUAACCAUUACAAUCCUAUGUUUAAAAAAUUCCAAAGGAAGCUAUUAGAGCUAAUAAACAAAGUUGCAGCAUACAAAUAAAAACACAAAAAAAGUUGUGUUUCUAUAUACACCAAUAAUGAACAAGCUGGAAAGAAAUUAAAACAAUUCCAUUUAUAACAGCAUCUAAAAGAAUAAAAUAGUAAUAAACUUAAGUAGGUGAAAGAAUUGCUCACUGAAAAUUACAAAACAUUGCUGAAUGAAAUUAAAUGAGAUCUACAUAGAUGGAGAGACUUGGAGAACUCACAGUUCCUGAUUUCAGUACUUACUACAAAACCACAUAACCAAAACUUAAGGACACACAGACCAAGGAAUUAGAAUUGAGAGUCCAGAAAUAAAACCUCUCAUUUAUGAUAAAUUGAUUUCCCACAAGUGUGCCAAGCCAUUCAGUAGAAAAAUAGUCCUUUCAAUAAAUGGUGCUGGAUGACUGGAUGACCACAUGCUGAAGAACUGAAGUUGGAGCCCUACCUCAUACCAUAUACAAAAAUGAACUCAAAAUGGAUCAACGAACUAAAUAUAAAAGCUAAAACCAUACAACCCUCAGAAGAAACCAUAGGGGUAAAUCUUCAUGACCUGUAGUUUGGCCAUAAAUUCCUAAAUAUGACACCAAAAGCAUAAGCAACAAAAGAAAAAAUAAAGUGG